CAUAAUGUGUGCUUUUUGACAACAACUUUCAAAAUCUGCGCAUUUAUUGCAUCAAUCUCAGAAAUGAGAUGAUGAAAUUGGGUUGAAAUGAAUUGCCUUGUUGAGUAUCGGUCUUCUGACUCUGAAAGUGAUAUUGAUGAUGGAGAAAAAAGUACUACUUUGGUCAAAAAGUAUUUUGAUUCUGAAUUCGGGGGAAAAUUAGGACCGAACAUGCCGAGUUCGAGUCCGAAUAAAGUCGAUUCACUCAAAUGUUCAGAAGACAUUUGUCACAAUAGUGAAAAUAGAAUGUCUUCACCAGUGUGUCAUGAAGAAGCUGCAGGAGUGUCGACAACAGUAAAUCGUAAUUUGAAUUCCGAGAAUUGCGGUAAACCGGAAAAUGUUGCCUCAGGUGAGCCAGUGGAAGUUGUGCAAUUGCCAAGCAGCAAACCUCAUUCUGAUAUUACUGCUGAACCAAAGAACGAUUUCUUCAAUUUGUCAUCAGAUUCUGACGACUUAGAUUCUGGACAAGAAACGACAGAAACUUUUGCAGAAGAAAUUUUAGAGGCUGCAACAAAAAAGAUCGACACUCAGUUUGGUAGUGUUGGGAUCCCUGGUGGAAAAUACUGGAAUGAUUUCACUCCAACAGAAAUAAAGACCAGAGGACGAAGAAACCCUGAAAUUCAUUCAAAAAGAAUGAGAGACAACAUGAGACAUAAGGAAGAGGGGCAUGGUCCUCACCUAAAAUAUCGCAAACCUGACAAUUUGGCCAAACAGACUACUCCGAAGCUUACUGCCGACAAAUACGUGUCUAAGAAAAUAUUUUACGUUCACCACAAAAUUGGGCCGCAUUUGGUGAAUUCUUCUCCGCCUUCCAGACCGCCAAAAAAAGAGGUGAUUAAAGUAAACGCCCAUGGAAGUGGAAUAAAUAGACUGAGAUGGUGCUCAAGGAAAGAAUACAGUCACUUAAUUGUGUCAGCGUCUAUGGAUACUACAGUGAAAAUUUGGAACUUGUUUUCCUCAGAACGUCCAGAGGAAGAACUGCAGACUUUAAAACACCAUACCAAGGGUGUCAGAGAUAUUGUGUGGUCUCACUCGGCCAAGGAAAUCCUUUCUUGUGGUUACGACCGAAAAGUUUUCUUCUCUGAUGUUGAGAAGGGUAUAUCGAUACGUUGUUAUGAUCAUGAUGAUUUCGUGACUUGUCUUGCUGUUCACCCUGUGGAGCCCCACAUCUUCGUCUCGGGGACACGCAAUGCGAUACUUUGCUGGGACAUGAGGACGAAUGUACAGCAACCAGUGAAAGAGUUCAGGUACAAGGAUGAUAUUGGCCAGGUGCAAGAUGUUCUCUUCAUCAACAAUGGGGCAGAGUUGAUCAGCACAGGUGAUAUUGUGACCAGAGACUCGGCAGAUCGGAACAUCAUGGCCUGGGACUUCAGAACAACAGUGGUCCUAUCAAACCAAGUUUACCAGGAGAGGUACACAUGUAUCCGCUUGCUGUAUCAUCCAGAGGACAGAUCAUUCUUAGUCCAGACAAAUGGUAACUACCUGGCAUCAUUCUCGACAGAGCGACCAUACAAAAUGAAUAAGUGUAAACGAUUUGAGGGCCAUACGGUGCUUGGCUAUAAUAUCGGUUGCGACAAAAGUCCAGAUGGGAAGAUCAUCAUCAGUGGUAGUUCGGAUGGAAAAUUGAUGUGUUACGACUACUACACUACUAAAGUCAUGAAAAGACUAGACACCGGAUUGAGUGACUGUUUGGAUGUGGCCUAUCACCCAGUGUUGUCAAACACUGUGGCGUGCUGUUCGUGGAGUGCUCAAAUAAGCCUAUGGCAAUGAGAGGUCAUCUAGAGUCGGUGACUGUUUGGAUGUAGCCCAUCAUUCGGUGUUGUCAAACACUUUGGAGUACUGUUUGUGGGUGCUCUAUAGCCUGAGGAAGAGGCCGGCUGAAAUUCUGGACUUUGAAGUAUUCAACUGUACCUGCUGCAGUAAACAUAUUUUGUAGUGUAAAGAGACAAGAAUCUCAUGGCCUUGUGGUAAACCUCACUUCAAUUAAAAAAAUAUGCCAGAUUCCGAAGGCAAGUGUGUAUUUC